AUGCGUAGCCCUAUCAUCGCCUUCUCCAUCAUGGCUGCGACCGUCAGCCCGACUCUCGUCUCCGCCAUGCCCACGUCUCCCAACAUGAACACCGCCGUCACCCACCCUCGCAUCACCGAAGUUCAGCAGGGCGCCAACGCUCUCCCUCUCCGACGCCAGCUCCCCGCCGGUCUUCCUGGACCAGGCAGUGUACCCGGCGGUGUACCCGGCUUGGGGCUCCUCGCUGAUCCUCCCACCCCUCCCCAGCCUGGACCUCCGUCCAACGCCAAGUCCGCCACCAACCUCGAUACGACCGACAUCACUCCGUACACGGAAGACGCAGGAGGGUCCAUCCCCACUGAUCCUGUCUCCGACGCCGCGGUUCCCUCUGACCCUGUAUCCAACGCCGAGACCGUCUCGAAUGCCAGCGCCAUCCCCUCCAACGCCCAGGACGUGCCUGGAGUCGUCCCCAAAGAACCUGCCGAACCUAUCGCUGCCAACAUGGUUCCCCCCAAGCCUGACUCCGCUGUCGCCGCUGCAGUGCCUGCUUCCUCGCUCGCCGCCACCAAGAGGUCCAUUGAGGCUCGUAGCAGUAAGCCUCGCCUUCGAACUCUCACACUCACCUGA